UGUACAUACUGCGCAUGCCCGACGAGUUUUACGCUGAUCCUGCUGGGUGAUCCCAACUUCCGGUGAAAGAGGAGAAGCGUCUCACACGAUUACUCUAACAAGGCCUAACGUUACUCACCCGUAGGUAGUUGAACGGGGUAUCGGUUGUAGCCAUGGACCUGUGAUCGCCAACAAGUCAGCUAAUUAACUUUUUAAGAAAGUAGAAGACGUCACCAUAGACGCCGCUUUGACUAAACGUCACCAGAGCCACAGGUUUGAACGUUACCCCGCUACUGCCAGCUAGUUAGCCAGCUAAAGACGCAGCUAACGUUAGCUUUUCGCCAACCAAGCGCCUCUAAAUUAAGUCCUGGUGUCUAUUUCAAGAUGUCAACUGCGGGAUUUAACUCUCAGAAUGGGACAGGGGCAGGACAGGCAUAUGCGAACGGUCCGUCACAGAAUCCAGUUGGGCUGCAGCCAGGGGUCAGCUAUGGCAUGACUCACCAACCAACCUACAAUCCAAUGCAGGGCAAAGGUCCCGCACCCCCCGGCACUGGAAUCCACCCCUCUGGGCCAUACCAACCUGUUCAUCCAGUUAGCUCCUACCAGCCUGGCCCACAACUCAGUUCCUACCCAGCUCCUUCAGGCCAGUCACUGUUGACCAGGCCUCUAAUGGGAGGCCCUCCAUCCCAUACCCCUCCUCAGUUUAUCAGCCCUGGUCCUAGGCUGCCCCCUCCACAGGCCACACCUCCCCCUCCUGCUGUGUCUUCUAGUAGCUACUACCCUAACCCCCGGCAGCCGCAGCCCAUGGCUCCAGCAUGGCACUACAACACAGCUCCCCCACCAAUGGGGCAACCCACUUCCAUGAGCAUACCUCCCCGCGGCCCCGUGCCUAACCACGUAAAUCCAGCUGCAAGCUCAACACAGUCAUCGACACCUUACAGCCCUGCACCACCAGCCCACGUGUCUCAUAGUGUCACCCAGCCCCCAGGCCCAGGGAUGCCCCCCACCUCUCUACACGGAUAUACCCAGCCAGGGCCUGCACCUCCACCAAUGACUCCCAUGGCUCCCCACACAUACCAGUCAAGCAGAGCACCCUAUGGCCCCCCACCUACAGGCCCACCAUCAACCAUGAAACCCACACCGCCUCCUACUGGAAACCUAAUGGCCAAUGCCACACCUCCACCCCCCAAGGCAGAUGGAACUAUGGCUGGCAAUGGCCCACAAGCACCAAACAGCUAUAAUCAUGUUGACAACAAAAUGGCUGGCAUGCCCCAGUCCGGACAACCUGGUCGGCACUUGGGCCACUACCCCUCCCUUCCCCCUGGGUACCAGAACACCUCGGCUGCCCACAACGCUGGCCCCCCCAUGCACCCUGCGAUUCAGGCCGCCACGCAGCCUUACACUCAAGCACCUUCGACAUACCAGCAGCCACCUGGUGGCCCAGGACCAGCCCAACUGAGCCCGUCCCUGGCGGCUUUGAGCCUCCAGUCCAGCACACCAGAGGCCCUGAGAGUGGUCAACCUGCUGCAUGAGAGGAACCUGCUGCCACCAAGCCCGAUCCCCGCCCCAACACCCUGUCUCCCACAGGACCUGCAGAAGAUCAACUGUAACCCAGAGGUUUUUCGUAGUACGCUGACCAGCAUCCCUCAGACUCAGUCACUGCUCAAUAAAGCCAAGAUGCCACUGGGCCUGCUGCUCCACCCCUUCAAAGACCUUUCGCAGCUUCCUGUGGUGACAUCCAGCACCAUCGUCCGGUGUCGGUCCUGCAGAACCUACAUCAAUCCCUUCGUCUCUUUCCUGGACCAGAGGAGGUGGAAGUGCAACCUGUGCUAUCGGGUCAAUGAUGUUCCAGAGGAGUUUAUGUACAACCCAGUCAGCAGAUCGUACGGAGAGCCACACAAAAGACCAGAGGUCCAGAACGCCACCAUCGAAUUCAUUGCUCCUUCAGAAUACAUGCUGAGGCCACCACAGCCUGCUGUUUACCUCUUCAUUCUUGAUGUAUCCCACAAUGCAGUGGAAACAGGCUACCUAAGUGUGUUCUGCCAGUCACUGUUGGACAACAUCAAUGCGCUUCCUGGAGACUCUCGGACAAAGGUAGGCUUCAUCACCUUUGACAGCACCAUCCACUUCUACAACCUCCAGGAGGGACUUUCUCAGCCCCAGAUGCUCAUCGUGUCUGACAUCGAAGAUAUCUUUUUACCAACACCAGACAGCCUUUUAGUAAACCUCAAUGAAUGCAAAGAGCUUGUGCAGGAUUUGCUGAAGAGCCUGCCAAAUCUAUUUGAAAAGACCAUGGAGACCCAGUCUGCCCUGGGUUCAGCUCUGCAAGCAGCCUUCAAGCUGCUGUCACCUACUGGAGGGCGCAUGUCUAUCUUUCAGACCCAGCUGCCUAACCUCGGUGUGGGGGCACUCCAGUCCAGAGAAGACCCCAACCAGCGGGCAUCUGCCAAGGACAUCCAGCACUUAUCCCCAGCGACAGACUUCUACAAGAAGCUGGCUCUGGACUGCUCCGGCCAGCAGGUGGCGGUUGACCUGUUCCUGCUCAGCUCUCAGUACUGCGACCUGGCAUCGCUCGGCUGCAUAUCCAGAUACUCGGCAGGGAGCGUUUACUACUACCCCUCCUACCACCACCAGCACAACCCCGCUCAGGUGGAGUGCUUCCAGAAGGAUCUGAAGAGAUACUUAACCAGGAAGAUCGGCUUCGAGGCCGUCAUGAGGAUACGCUGCACCAAAGGUCUGUCCAUCCACACGUUCCACGGAAACUUCUUUGUGCGCUCCACAGAUCUGCUGUCCCUUCCCAACGUGAACCCAGACGCUGGCUUUGCGGUUCAGAUGUCCAUUGAGGAAAACCUGGACGACAUGCAAGUCGUCUCUUUCCAGGCCGCGCUGCUUUACACGUCCAGCAAAGGAGAGAGGAGGAUCCGUGUCCACACCUUGUGUCUCCCUGUGGUCAAUUCUCUGGCAGACAUCUUUGCUGGGGCUGAUGUUCAAGCGAUCACUGGACUGCUGGCUUGUAUGGCUGUGGACCGCUCGGCAACAGCAAGUCUGAGUGACGCCAGAGAUGCAAUGACCAACGCUGCCAUUGACUCGCUGACGUCGUACCGGCAGUCUGUGUUGACCAUCCAGCAGCCCGGCCUGCUGGCCCCGGCCUGUCUCAGACUCUUCCCCCUCUUCAUCCUUGCUCUGCUCAAACAGAAAGCCUUCAGGACGGGCACCAGCACCAGGCUGGAUGACCGGCUGUUUGCCAUGUGUCAGCUGAAGUACCAGCCACUGGUCUACGCAUUACUGAUGAUCCACCCCGCUCUGUACCGUGUCGACGAUCUGACCGAUGAGGGAGCUUUGAACGUCAAUGAUCGAACCAUUCCUCAGCCCAGAGUGCUGCAGCUGUCUGUGGAGAAGCUCAGCAGGGAGGCAGCCUUCCUCAUGGAUGCUGGAACGGUCAUGUAUCUGUGGAUCGGACGGAACUGCCACCCCAACUUCCUCACUCAAGUCCUGGGAGUUCCCAACUACGCUGCCGUGCCUGAUAACCUGUAUCUGCUCCCAGAGUUAGACACUGCCGAGUCGCAGAGAACCAGGGCUUUCAUCGGUUGGCUGAGGGAUCAGAGGCCGUUCUUUCCCUCACUGCACGUCAUCAGGGACGAGAGCCAGCUGAAACCCACCUUUAUGCAGAACAUGAUCGAGGACCGAACAGAGUCGGCCCUGUCGUACUAUGAGUUCCUGCUCCACCUCCAACAGCAAAUCUCCAAAUAAUCGUGUGUGUGUGUGUGUGUGUGUGUGUGUGUGUGUGUGUGUGUGUGUGUG